CCAAAAUCCACCAAAUUCCUCUUUGCUUUAGCACGCUUUUAAUUAUCGUCAUAUAUAGCUUUUGCAUAUAAAAUGUGUGCAAAAGGCAAAAACGAUUCAAGCUUACACUUGUUGGGCCAUUUUCAUUUCUGUUCCCUCUCGUGGGAAUUGAUCUCUGUUUGAAGCAGGGCAGAUUUGAGAAAUUUGAGGUGCUCGAACAAAAUGGGUGUCCUAUUCUCGGACAUUGGAAUCUCCAAAUUGAAAAAAAGUGCGAUCUUUACAAUCAGAGAGUGUUUUAGAUCUGCCCGCAAUCACCCAUUGCUUGUGUGCAAUCUGUGUUUCUUGAUUUUUCUGCACAGAACAUUCCCUUUUGUUUUCUCUCUUCUGGUCACUGCUUCCCCUGUACUGAUAUGCACCGCAAUCUUGCUCGGGGCCUUCUUGAGUUUCGCCCAGCCGAACGUACCGGAUUUCGAAAGGCACGAAAAAACGGGGCCUGUCGAAAACGAGGUUUCGUCUAGAGAUGCCGUUUUUGUCGAGCAAAACGAGCCCGGUUAUUGUGCCGACAAAAGGGAUGAUGGGUUAGAUCGAAUUUCGACCGUCCAAAUCGGCCGAGAGUCUAAUGGCUCGAACGUCGAGGAGAAAAUCGAGUCGGGUAGUGAUGAAAUUUGGGAGGAAUGCGACGAGGAGAGGCUCGGCGAAGAGGGUAAACUCGUCGAGGAGAAUCGCUACUUAUCCACGCCAAAGGAUAACGAAGAAAAAGACGGAAAAUCGGACGACGACGAGGGGUCGUUCGAUUCGGAAGCGGCCGACUUGGGUUCGCCAAACUCUCCCCAUUCAUCUUGGAAGCAUGUUGGAAGUGACGUGGACGAUGAUGAUGUGGACGAUGAUGACGUGGACUCCGGGUCGUCUGUAACCUCGUCACCCGACCCAUCCGUGGCAUCCGACAUGAUGCCGAUGCUCGACGAGCUCCAUCCUCUCCUCGACGAGGACUCGUCGAACCAAAUCCUCAUCUCGCAAAACGCGUCGAGCCUCGCCUCCUCCGAGUCGAGCACGAGCACGAGCAGCAUUGACUCGAUCGACAAAAUCGAGGAUUAUGAAGAAGAUAAAGACGAGGAGGAGGAGCAGUCAAAAUCGGCCAUCACGUGGACCGACGAAGACCAGAAGAAUCUCAUGGACUUGGGUAGCUCGGAAAUCGAGAGGAACCAACGGCUCGAAAAUCUCAUCUUGAGACGCCGGAGGAAGAACGUAAGCAUGGUGCCAGAGAUCAAUCUCAUCGACCUCGAGGGAAGCGGCUCGGAUUUCCUUCCGCCGCCGCCGGCCGUCUCGACCGCUCGGAAAAACCCGUUCGACCUCCCGAAUGAUGAAAAUGCCCCCGGCUCGGCUCCCUCGGUACUCGUGCAGAGAAGGAACCCUUUCGAGUACGUCUUCCCGUACGAGAUUGUUGGCCCCCCGGAGACGGGUUUCGUUCCGUUCGGCCGACAGUCGAGCGGCGACUCAAACACGGAGUCGGUCAAAUCGGAGGACCAGCGGAAGCUUCCGGAAGAAUCUACCGAGGAAGAAGAAGAUUCGAUAAACGAGCCACCUCGGCUGAUCUCGGAUAUGAAUCACGUCUCGGAGCAUAUAGGGCAUGGGAGCCAGUCCUCCUCGGAUGAAGAAGAUCUCUCGAAAAGAAAACGAGUCGAUAAUGGUUCUUGUUCGGAAUCAGAAAACGAAGGGCCUGCUCGGGUUUUGCAGGAGAGUGUAUUAGCCGACGAGAAUCCGCAAAGGGAGCCCGUUUAUGAUUCGAGCCCGCAUUCGAUUAGGAAAAAUAUGUCGUCGUGUUCUGUUUCUUCUGAAGUGAAUGCCGAGCCUGGCGCCAGCCUGGCGCAUGUGGUGGUCAAGCGCACGGUGUCUUUUUUGGAGGAGGAGAAUCGUGCAGACGAGCGUGGAGAUGGAGAUUCGAAAAUGGAAAUUCAUGUGAAUGAUAAUGAUAAUGAUGAUAACAAUAAUGACGAGGGGGAAAAAGUCGAGUCGCCAGAUUCUGGUGGCGAUUAUCAAGAGGCGAACGAGAAAUUAGUGUCGACACCUUCGGCUGGAGGGAGCACGACUCUUUCUAACUACAUUGCCAUGCACGAGCGAAAUUUCGACCAUCCUGAGGAAGUACCGGUUCCAAAUACACCCGUUGAGUCGAACGAGAGAGUUCGAACCAUACAUAAUCUCAACAUACCGGAAAUUUACGAGCUCGAUCACGAGACCUCGCCGAGCCUUGGCUCUCCUUACAGUCCAGAUUUCAUUUCCAUGCCGUCGAGUGCUGGGUCCCACGUAAAUAUGCAGACUAUACAAGAAGAAACCGAUGAUGGAGGUUUACUGUCGGAAUUAGACAGCGUGGGUGAUUUUAGCGUCACUUCUGGCUCGGAAUCGAACGAAUCUGAAAAGCACGAAAAUGAAGCUAAUACUAAUCUUGUUGAUUCCGAAGUGAAAGAAGAUGAGCGGAGGGUAAUUAAUAUUUCUCAAGAAAACGAAACUGGCGUGCAGUUGGUGGUGGGCCCCACGCUUGAUUUACCGAUUCUUGAUUCCGUAGAAGAGACUCGCGAAAAUCUUGACUCGGUUGAUUCGGGAGACGAGCAAGAAACUUCUGGCUUGCGCCGUGUUGAAGAAAUUAUUGAUCCUCAAAGUUCAAGUUUGCGCGCGAAGAAAUCGUUAGAUGAUGAAAACUCGGAGAAA